UAGGGAAAAUUUGCAAGCUACAUCACCUACAAUAUAAUCAAAUUAAGCCAAAAUUAUGCUUUCCGAAUAUUGAAUGAGCGCAUUUCAUCAUUUAAAAUUCUCUAUCUUGUCAUAGUUAAGUAUAGUUUCAGUCACAAAAGAGUUAACUCACUUCCGCCGAUUUGACCUUUUACUGGUUUAGAUAGCACAUGCAACUCAUUCUUGUGAUUGAGUGGAAUACUAUUGUAAGUAUUAUUUAUCAUAAUUUACAGUAUUAUUGCAUCUAUUGGUCUGGUAGCCCAUCAUUUAAUCGUAUUUGUUAGUUACUUAAAACCUAUAACUUGAAAAAAUAUAUUUUUGGGGUACUUAUCACCACUGACCCAACUCUUGCAGCAACUAUUAUUUUCUGAGGCUUAGGCCUAGGCCUAGGCCUAUGCCUAUGUGCAGUUACACUACAGAGUAAGAAGUAAGAAGAGUAUUCAUAGCCCAUAUUAUAGGUUGAUUCUGUUGAUAAUAUAGUCUGGCAGGUAGGCCCUAUUUAUCUAUUGAAAUUUAUUGCCACUGUAGGGCAAUGAAUGCAAUCAGCACAGCAAAAUCAACAGUGAAUGAGAAUGAUGUGCAAUGUGCAUCAUACUGAAACUGAAUGGUCUGAAUGAAUGAUACUGACAAUUGAAGUCCUGAAAAUAAUAGAAGUAGAAGUAUCACUGCACUUUUUAAAUACUAGGAUUAGGAGUAAGAAGUGACACUAUAAGUAUAACUAGGCCUAUAAAUUAUUUUAAAAAAUUAAAGUCAAAGCAAUAAAAAUUGAUUUGACUUUGAAAAAUUUGGCUGGUCUCCAGUGUCCACACCAACUAAACUUUAACUUUAAUUAAUUAAUUUUAUUUCAUCUUUGAUAGUGAAGUCAGACUCUGAAUUCUAGUAAAUUGUUUUGUAAAAGUGUAGUUACCAGCAAUGUAUUUGCCUUGAGUUGUCUUUACCCUAUGCACAUUGACAUCACUUUUGGAGGAUCCCAACACUGGACUUAGUGACUUAGGGUGACAGAACCAACAUUUGGACCUGAAUGAUGUGUUUGAUAACUUCCCUGGUCCUUAAUUGUCAAUGAGCAUUAUUCGCUUGAUAAACUCAAUAUUUAUGUAACCAUCUAUACAGUUAAUAUGCAAUAUAUUAAAACGAAAAUGUCCAUUCAGAUUUAUUAUAAUUCAACUUACAAGGUUCAAAAGAAAUUUUGAAAAAUAAACUCAGUGUUUUUGCUGAUACCCCUAGAUGAAUACUGGAAAAUGAUGUGCAAAUUGUUCAAAGUUCUGUCUUUUGUUUGUUUGAAAAAUGAAGUGGCAAUUUGCUAUUCAAUUUUAUUUCUAUCAGUAUUGUCAUGUCACUAUUGCACUGGAGAUUACAAAAUAAUUUUCUGGGCACGGGAGACCCUUCCAUUCACUUUCAAAAUAAAAAUAAGAGAUUGAAUUAUAUCUGGGGAGGUGGAAUUGCAAACUGAGAAUACACAGAUUUAUUUAUUUUUAAAAUACAUUUUCAAAUGCUCCUUUCAGCAGGGUUAGAUUUGAAAUUUUUUAAAUAAAAACCUAGAAAGCAGCUGUUCAAUUUAAAUACCCCAUUUUGGUUCCAAAACUCCUCCUCCCUUCUCCCAAUACAGCAGUAGUUAUAAGACUACAAUACGUUUACUGUUUACUGCAAAUAAAGCUUCUAGACUUAAUUUAAGGGUUGCCUACACAUGGCCCGUCAUGUCAAAUAAUGCAGCCUGCUGGAUAUGUUGCAAAUAAACUUGUUUCUUUAUUCCAUUAGCGAUUAUUUCAUUCUUGGCAUAAAUGCACAUUUAUGAUAUCACUUUUCUGUGAAUGUAUGCAUGCACCAUUUCCUCUCUUUUUGGACUGAUUUAAAAAAUGAGAUUGAAAGAAGUAAUCUUAAUUAAAAUUUAAAAUUGGUAAACAAUUUUAUUAUUUAGUAACAAAACUAAAAUUAAAGGAUUUAUAUAAAAACAGCUAAGUAAAGGAAACCUAAUUUUCCACAAGCGUUUCUUCAGUUUUCCAUGUAGAAUGAUGGAAAACUAAAUUGAGGUAAACAUCUAAGUGCAUACCUGCAUUUUGAGUUUUAAAAAAAAUCUCUGUAGAGCACUCAGCCCCCUCCUUAAACUCCACCCCACAUUUAUCAGGGUGACCUGGUGGGAGGGGGGGGGGGGUCCUUUACUUCCAACUCCCCACCCUCAUCUUUGCCAGUCAUCUACUUUAAGAAAAUUAACCUUUAGUUACCGAAUAGUUAUUCAAUACUUUCAGUGGCGAAGCUAGGUUAGUGCCACCCGGGGCAGCCCAAUAAUAAUUAAUAAACUGCAGUUGUCCAAAAAAUGCCACCCCCUCCAUAUAUAGAAAAAGUAGCACCUUCCUAGCACUGGAUACAUCAUACUGUAUGUCUAUUUAUUUACUAUUUUGAUGGGCUAUUGUACAAUUUUGAAUUGGUAAACUGCUGUUCUGAAACAAUAUUACUAUUUUUGGAGUUCCAGCGUACCCAAGUCUAGGACUAAUUCAUUUUCAGGUGUUAGUCAUCAUUUUGCAACUGGAACUUAGCUAUCAUUUUGCAACUGGAACUUAGCUUAGACCCCAAUUUCCCUAAAACCAUCUUUACAAUCCAUCUUUUCUGGUACUGAAUGUAAUUACAUGUAUGGUAUACCAUACUCGAGCGUUACAGCAUCAUCAACAAUAUCCACUGUUGCACCACUGAAUAUUCUAUAGCCUAGAGAACAAAGUUAACACAUGCAUCAUAGGUGAUUUUGUGUUAAAUUUGUGCUUGCCAUUCACAUCGAUCACAGUUUUUUAUUUUAAAAGUACAAAAUUUUUCAGAACCUCUGCCAUCUUGUUGCCAGGAAAAGCUGCUUGAAAUAUUUAACCACCUGAAUCCUUAAUUUCAGCCAUAUCGCAAUAGAGUGCUAGCAUAUGUAAUAGAGUUUGUAGCCUUCCUUGGAUAAUGCAUUUUACCUUGCUUUAUUUACCUAUCACUUAACGAUAAAUUUCAGCCUUUAAUUUAAAUUUACAGAUCCUUAAUCUUUGAACAAUGGACCCAAAGAAAGCAGCAGACUUUGCUGGUAGAUUGAAGAAAGCCGGGCCCAGGGGAAUAGGUGCUGGGUUUGGGAUUGCUGCAUUAGCUGGAAGCAUUUAUGGACUAAGUCAGUCAUUUUAUACAGGUUAGCCUACAAUAUUUGUAGCAUAUAUAUCACAUUUUAUUCACAGAUAUCAGCUUCUUUUAAAAUAUUUUGGAUUGGAAAACUAUUAAAAUGCAGAAUGUGUAUAGUUUUUAUUAAUUUCUCUAUCCUUGGGAAAACCUGUUUAUUUCUUCUAAUUAUUAUUACAAGUGAUUGAUAUUCUCCUCUCUAUCUUGCAGUUGAUGGUGGUCACAGAGCUAUUAUCUUUAGUAGGCUGUCUGGUGUGAAGCCUGAUAUAUACGUUGAAGGUCUCCAUUUUAGGUACUGUACUACGGCUCUUAUAUGUUGAUAAUAACUAAUUUUAUCAGUAAAAAUUUGUGUUGUAUUUUGAUAGCAAAUUUGUGUAAAUACUUAUGUAUAUUCUUAAGUUCUCCUUUUUUAAUAAAAGAAAACAUCAUAUUGAUAUACAGUGAUCCCUUGCCUACCGAGGGUUAACUUUUUGCUGUCUCCCUGUAUUAUGGAUUUUUUACUUGUUUAUUAUAUCUCAGGAUUUUACUGUACCAGUAUAUAUAUAUAUUUUUUUUUGUAUAUAUUUAUUGUUUUAAUUAUUUUUGCAGUAAAAUAAGGUUUUUCUAGCCUUAAAGAUUUUAAACAAUAUAAAAGAUAUAUAAAAAUCUUAAUGAAAACAUAUUAAAAGAAUAUUUACUAAAAAAACAACAAGUUAAUUAUAAGAUUGCUACUUCGCAGAUUUUCGUCGGGGGGGGGGGUCCUGGAGCCCAACCCCCCUAUAGUCAAAGGAUCACUGUAAAUUGUUAUUGUUUCUUUACCAUAUCAGUAUAAUUAAAGUAUUUCCCAUCUUGAAGACAAAUAAGUAACGUAUCUGUUACCAAAAUUGUUUUUAGAAAUAAUUGGAAUUUGCAAGCAUUUUUUAAAGAAAAGCAACUAGUGUCAUCUUUACCAUUAAAUACUUCAGCCUUUGACACCAGUAGAAUUGAAUCACACAUAAGAUUCUCUGCGGGGUUAUUUUUUAAAUGCAUCUGCUUAAUUUUUACCAAUGACGGCUCUAUAUUUCCUUAACAAAUUUUGUCAAUUUAUUUUUUGGGGUCUUUAUUUAAAAUGAGAUGUUUAAUGCAUUUGACUGUCGGUCAACCGAAAUGUCUUUUUAAAAAAUGUUAAAUCAUUUUCAGGAUCCCCUGGUUCCAGUAUCCAAUAAUUUAUGAUAUAAGAUCAAGACCACACAAAAUAUCUUCUCCAACAGGGAGCAAAGGUAACUAGUUAGUCACAUAGUAAGAAACAUAUUGUUACAUUAAAAGUUCAUAUAUCCCAAAAAGAUAUAUUUUAAUUAAUAAUUAAGGACUUAAUUUCCAUAAUUUAACUUUAACUCAAAGACUUGUAAGAGAUAAAAAAAAAACCAAAAAAAAACUUUGUGCAUAAAAAGUAAAAAUUAUAAGAUUACCACUUUUUCCACGCAAACAAAUAAGUUGGAAGAGUAUAAGGAAGUAAAACACACAAAGUUGAUUUGCUGAUCACUGAGGAGAAUGGAGAAGAUUUGACAAUUCCAAAUUUUGUUUAAUUUAGACUCUUUUGACAGCCCUAAAUUUUGUUGGUAUCAGACAAUUUGAAUGUUAAAUGGAGCUUCUGUCCUAAACAUAUGGAAUUGCCACAGUCUGCCAUGUAUAUGAAGAUUAUUGCUCUCAUUAUCUGAUCAUGUCUAUCUUAUUAACAGAUCUGCAAAUGGUAAACAUCUCCCUAAGAGUGCUGUCCAGGCCUAACGCCAUAGCACUCCCGCAGAUCUACAGACAGCUUGGUACAGAUUUUGACGAAAGAGUCCUACCUUCAAUCUGCAAUGAAGUGAGCAUCCCAACUCAGUUUCUCUCUUUUUUUAAAGAUUUUCUCUUUACUUGCAUUUCCAUUUUGUGAACUGUUAUUUUUUUGUGAUGACACGUUCAAUCAUUCGAUUGAGUAUUCCUCAUGCUGACCUGAAAGGUUGCCCUCAUUUAUAAUAAUAAUGAUAAAGUUUAUUUGAAAAUCACGCUUCAUCCCCAAAGGCUCGGAGUGCUGUACAUAUCAAAAGAGAAAUGAAAAAAUAUAGAUUAUACAACAUUGAAAUACAAAACGCAACAUUACAAAAACUACAUACGAGAAUACCAAUUCUAAGUCUUUCAUCCCUUUCAAACAUAAACCAAACUUAAAUGGUUUUUUGACACCCAGUUACAGUUCUAGUAUGCUGGGUCGAGGGAAGGGGUGAGGUGGGGAGAUGAAUGAUGGGGAAAUAAGAAUAGGAGAUUUGUAUGGAUGCUUACAUUUUGCAAGCAUCCGUUGUUUAAAAAAAAUAAAUUUUGUGGUGAUUUACAGAUUAAAUUUCAUGCUAAAAGUAAAAAUAGAAAAUACAAUAUUUUUAACUUUUGAAAAAGACUUUCUUUUGAAGAUGAGUUUAAGUGCACCAAAAAGUAUAUUUUUUUCCCCUUAAAAUUCAUUAUGCAAUGAAACUGCAGAAAAUAUUUUCCAAAUUUAUAAUUUUAAAAAAACAAAACAAAUUUAAGUUUCUUCUAAACUUUUUUAGCAUCCUUUGGUUUCAUAAAGUGGCUUACUCUCCUUUAAAGAAAAUAAUUUUUUACUUAUUAGUACACUAUUAUCUUCUAAAAAAAAGUCUUUCUUUUCUUUUUCAAUUUAAUAUAUUUUAAUUGAAGAUUUCACUGUGUUUUGCAGAUGUAUAUAAUUGCACAAAUUAUAUUCAUUGAUAAAAUUAGUUUUUGUACAGUGACCAAAAGAUUUUGCAUAUUCAAAUGCUGUCAUUUUUUUUGUCUCCAGGUACUAAAGAGUGUUGUUGCUAAAUUCAAUGCAUCACAACUCAUCACACAGCGUCAGCAAGUGUCCCUGCUGAUUAGACGUGAGCUAACCCAGAGAGCCAAAGAUUUUCACAUUAUCCUUGAUGAUGUGUCCAUUACAGAGCUGAGCUUUGGGAAAGAAUAUUCCAAUGCUGUUGAAUCUAAGCAGGUGAGACUUUGCAAAAUGUUAGCAAAUAGUGUUAGGUGAGAAUUUUUGAAUUAUGAGCUGCUAAUGGCAAUGUCUGGUGAAGAAUAAUAUGAAAUAAAGUAUUUUUAAGCACAGCUAACGAGUUUGGAGCGUUACACUGGAGAAAGAAGUUGAGGGCAGAAUGUGGAAUGGAGCAACCGAACAACUUAUAGUUUUCCCUCAAAGCUCUAGUAAUUUUUCUGUUUCUUUAAUAGCAGUUUUCUUGCUGAAUCUGAAAACUUUAAAAGAUUUGUCUAAAGCCAAAAAUGAACUUCCAUGGUAAUAUAAUAUGCUAAUGCAUAAGUCUCAUGUAGGUUGCAUUUUGAAAAGACCAGGUUCUGUUGGGUCAUUUCUUAUAAGGUCAAAACAAAGGAUUAUGAUUUAGAGUUUAGAGAGGAUGCACUCUCUCUCUCUCUCUCACUAAAAGCCAGCUCAGAAAUUUGGCUAUCCUCAAGAUUCUUAGUAGCCUACAACAUAUUUCUCAUUGUAUAAAAUAAUUAUUAGAUUAGAUAUGUUUUUGAAAGAGUGUUGUAUUAGCUACAUUUGUAGAAUGCAGACCUGUUUAUUCUUACGAUUUUACCGUACAAUGUACGAUUUUGAGGUGUAUACAUUAUAUUUAUAUACUGUAUGUUUAUUUUGUUACCAUUAAGAUAAUGUAUUUAACGAUUUUGUGAUGAUGUACGAUUUUAAGAGUUUGAGGGUAAACAGGUCUGAGAAUGUUAAUAUUUGUGUGGGUUUUCUCUAGAUUGCCCAACAAGAUGCCCAGAGAGCUCAGUUUCUGGUGGAAAGGGCCAUCCAAGAGAAGCAGCAGAAAGUGGUUCAGGCGGAGGGAGAGGCUGAGGCUGCGCGACUGAUAGGUGAAGCCAUGAGCAUGAAUCCAGGUUAUCUCAAACUAAGAAAGAUCAGGGCAGCUCAGAACAUUGCCAGAACAGUAAGUAUUAUAAAUUAUCUAUUGUUAUCGGUUCUUGCUACUGUAUUUCUAUUCAAUCAAUAGCUCAUUGAAAUAUUUGAAAAAAUCUAUUGUGAAAAUUGGAAGUGCAGUGAAUGAUUUCUUAUAAUUUAUUGUACAAACCUAUCUGACCCUGCAUAUGAAUGACCAAUUUUCUCUAUUUAUGUAGGUGAAUACUUAUAGUCAUAUUGUUUCCCUCAUUAGAUUGCACAGUCUCAGAACAGAGUCUACCUUAAUGCAUCCUCCUUGAUGAUGAAUAUUGGUGAAGAGAGCUUUGACAAUGCAGCAGAUACCCUUGUAACCAAGAGAAGAAAAUGAACAAUACUAGGCUUGUGAAAUUUUACACUUGACACAUUUUUUUUUACAUGAUAAAAUAUGUUAAAUAAACCAAACUCAACACUUUUAAUCUAGUGAUCUUAUUUGAAAGUUUUUUUAUGUGUGCAGAGAUUUUUUUAUGUAAGUUGUGGACAGAUACUAAAGCAAUUUAUUUGUAGUUAGGCCCACAACACAGAUGGUUAAACAAAAACAAAAAGUUUACAUCAGUUAAUCAUAUUAUGUUGACUUAAAAAAAGUUGCAUUGUUUCUUAAGACUCAAUGUUAAAAUUACCUCUUUGAAUCAGUAGAAAUGUUUGGUAUUCUGGAUUUCAUGUUGUAAGAAAAGUUGUGAUGUUGACUUGAGACAAGAGAAUCAUUUUUAAAAACCUUUUUUUUAGUAUUUUCAUUGAUUUAUAAUUCUGUUAGAAGUUGUAUGAGUGAGUGCAUUUAAAAGAAAGACAAAUGUAGGUUUCUUAUUAAACUGUGCAUUAUUCCGUUACAUGUGAUGUUCUUUUUAAAAAAAAUAUUUGAUUUUCCACAAUGGAUAGUUCUCAAAACAUGUUCAAUACUGCCACUUCAGACAAUGACAGAUUGUAAUAAAGUAAAUUGUAUACAUCUCUUGGCUUUGUUUACAUUGUGAUCGCUUUAUCAGAACGUAGCUAGCUCAAUUUUCUUCACAUAUAUAAAUAAUAUAUAUAUUUAUUUUUUUUCUAUUUAUAUCGAUGGUUAUAUGCUUCAAGCUCA